CAUCGAGAAGUGUAAUCCCUCCGCUAAGUACUUGGCUCUCAGGCUCCAAUCACUAGUGGGAGCUGGAGAGGGCAAGUGAAAAAAAAAAAAAAAAAAAUUCCAGAGGCAGCAGAGGAGCUAGAGGGAAAAAAAAAAAAGUCCCGCGGCGGCGGCAGAGCGGCCACGGCGGCCAGAAGUUGACGGCGCGGCUGUGCGCGGGGCGCGGCGUGGACGCGGGCCUGCGGGGCGCCGGGACGGGCGGCGCCGAGGACGCCAGUGCCGGGGCGCGGCGGCGGGUUUCAGCGUGGUCAAGAGCGUGAAUGUACCUGAAGUGGAUGUACUGCUCGUAAAUCAUCAAGAACGUCCUACACAUUGGUUAUCAGCAGCCUGUUUAUCUGGUUCAAACUUCUGCUGAAUCACAACCAUUUUCCGUUGAGCUAUGACAAGAGAGGAAACAAAAAGUUAAACAAGCAAGCCUGUCAUACGUGGAAGGGGCAACACUGUUGGAAGAGAUUACUAUACACAAAUCUCUGGGCCGAGAGUGGAUAGAGAUGAGAAAGAUACUGCCAAGGAAAUUUAUAGAAACAAAACUCAAAUCACUCUGCGCUGUGAUCAUCUUGUAGUUGCAAACUUCCUUGAUAACAUGCUUUUGCGAAGUUCAGGAAAAUUAAAUGUGGGCACCAAGAAAGAGGAUGGUGAGAGUACAGCCCCCACCCCUCGUCCAAAGCUCUUGCGAUGUAAAUGCCACCACCACUGUCCAGAAGACUCGGUCAACAAUAUUUGCAGCACAGAUGGAUAUUGUUUCACGAUGAUAGAAGAAGAUGACUCUGGGAUGCCUGUGGUCACUUCUGGAUGUCUAGGACUAGAAGGCUCAGAUUUUCAAUGUCGGGACACUCCCAUUCCUCAUCAGAGAAGAUCCAUUGAAUGCUGCACAGAACGGAAUGAAUGUAAUAAAGAUCUACAUCCCACGCUUCCUCCGCUGAAAAGCAGAGAUUUCGUUGACGGACCUAUACACCACAAAGCUUUACUUAUAUCUGUGACUGUGUGUAGUUUGCUCUUGGUCCUCGUCAUUUUAUUCUGUUACUUCAGGUAUAAAAGACAAGAAGCCAGACCUCGGUACAGCAUUGGGUUAGAACAGGAUGAAACUUACAUUCCUCCUGGAGAAUCCCUGAGAGACUUAAUUGAGCAGUCGCAGAGCUCGGGGAGCGGAUCAGGCCUCCCUCUGCUGGUCCAGAGGACGAUAGCAAAGCAAAUUCAGAUGGUGAAACAGAUUGGAAAAGGUCGCUAUGGGGAAGUUUGGAUGGGAAAGUGGCGUGGCGAAAAGGUAGCUGUGAAAGUGUUCUUCACGACAGAGGAGGCCAGCUGGUUCCGAGAGACAGAAAUAUAUCAGACGGUGUUGAUGAGGCAUGAAAACAUCUUGGGCUUCAUUGCUGCAGAUAUCAAAGGGACGGGGUCCUGGACACAAUUAUACCUAAUCACAGAUUAUCAUGAGAACGGUUCCCUCUAUGAUUACCUGAAGUCCACCACCCUAGAUACUAAGUCGAUGUUGAAGCUAGCCUAUUCCUCAGUCAGUGGCCUAUGUCACUUACAUACUGAAAUCUUUAGUACUCAAGGCAAACCAGCAAUUGCCCAUCGAGAUCUGAAAAGUAAGAACAUCCUGGUGAAGAAAAAUGGAACUUGCUGUAUAGCUGACCUGGGCUUGGCUGUUAAGUUUAUUAGUGACACGAAUGAAGUUGACAUACCACCCAACACUCGAGUUGGCACCAAGCGCUACAUGCCUCCCGAAGUGCUGGAUGAGAGCUUGAACAGAAAUCACUUUCAGUCUUACAUCAUGGCCGACAUGUACAGUUUUGGACUCAUCCUUUGGGAGGUCGCUAGGAGAUGUGUAUCAGGAGGUAUAGUGGAAGAAUAUCAGCUCCCCUAUCAUGACCUGGUGCCCAGCGACCCCUCUUACGAGGACAUGAGAGAGAUCGUGUGUAUCAAGAAGCUGCGGCCCUCCUUCCCCAACCGGUGGAGCAGCGACGAGUGUCUCAGGCAGAUGGGGAAACUCAUGACGGAAUGCUGGGCUCACAAUCCUGCCUCAAGACUGACAGCCCUACGGGUUAAGAAAACACUUGCCAAAAUGUCAGAGUCCCAGGACAUUAAGCUCUGAGGCAAGAAUAAGUGUCUCUGGACAAAGCCAAUAGAUAUUCUUCUGUUUGUGGGCAGAGCAAAAGAUGUUCCAGAAGCAUCCACAGUCCAAGCCUCGAACAUCCUCCUGCUCCCCAGAGGGUAUAUUCUUACCUCUCAGGGAGCAGCCUGGACAAACAGAAGUUUCCAGAAACACAGAUUCCUCGUGUCUGUCUAUAGGAGAGAGAAACUGCCUGGGUAAUUUGUUCAAGAUAUGAUGCAUGUUGCUUUCUAAGAAAGCCCUGUAUUUGGGGAUUGCCUUUCAUUUUUUCCUCAAAAGAUAAUUUUGCCAAAAUAAAAAUGUAAAUGUUUCAAGGUUUAUACUAUUUUAGUUUAAAGAAUAACAACUAAAGUUCUUCCCAGAAAUUCUGCUGGAAGGUAAAUUAAAAUAUGUGUUUCCAUUGGUAAAAUUUUGUUGCACUCUACCAACCAAAAGACAAUCGUUGAAGCCGGAGAACUGAAUGGAGCUCAUCUUAAAAGCCCCCGACAUGCCCCUGCCUCCUCAGACCACUCUGGCCAGCCCUGCUGGGGCAGCCGCAGCAAUGUGAAUGCACCUGGGUGCGGGCACCGCCUGGGUGGGACCACCUCUGGGGAUUCCCUCUCGUGACCUUCUGCAGUUUCAGAGGAUGUGGGACAAAUGAAGGUUUUAUGUGACUCUACUAGAAGUAAAUGUUAACACUGUUCUUCAGAACCACUUUAUAUUUCUGAUUCUGUUAGGUUUUUUCUUUCAUUAAACACAAAGCUUUUUGUGUGUGUGUAGGAAGUUGAACCCCUGCCUGCUUUUGAUCUCUCAAAUGAAAGGAUCAAUAUUAGGUAGAGUGGCUGUCAGUUGUGUCGAAGACAAGGCGCCUUAAAACAGAGCUGAUUUGCUCUUGUGCUGUAAGAAGAUGGUGUCGAAAAGGCAGGCGGUGAGGGUAGAGGUGCACGUGGCUUGUGUCUUAGGAAGAGGCCUCGGGCGCACGAGGGGAGAGGUGUGCACGACUCACUGUGCGCAAAGACGGUUUCUUCUAGUGAUCACCUGCCUUUUCUCUGUCUGACUUUAGAGGAGAGGAAACUUAUGUCAGGUUAACUGAACUCAUUUUAAUUUUAAAUUAGAUAAAUACAACCUCCAAAUGGAACAGCAGAGGAAUGCUAGUGGAGACCACCAGAUAUUAUGGCUGUCGUGACUUAUUCUAGAAUAGAUACAGAUGGAGGAUGUAAGUCUUAAGUGAUAGCGUCACAUCUUAGGAGUGCUGACUCAGAUUAUUUUAUCUUCAUGACGUUCAACUCACUUUUUAAUUUAUUAUUGUUUUCUUCUCCGUGGCACUUGUGCAGAACAUCUCUCCACCUAUUCAGUUAUGUAGGCAUAAAAACUUUUGAGCAGCAGGAGUCAAAUCCUUGACAGGGCCAGUAUCCCUUAGCAACAGGAGCAUAAUAAAGGGUACAGUUGUACACACCCCUCUAAACCUUAUUCGUUUGCUUCCUGACUGUGGUUUUCUUUUGCUUCUUCGAGUUCUAUAGUGUUUAGCAAAGAAUUGGGAAGCCCCUCCUCUUUGCUCUUAAAAAAAAAACAAACACACACAGCAAUUCUGUUCUUUCCAGAAUACUCCAGGGGGCAGUGUUUUAUAAGACAUUUUCAUUUCCCCUUUUGGUGGCUGAAGAAUGGAGGGUUUUUGGAAAUGUGAGAGCUGCACGAAAAAUGAGAAAAUAUUUUCCUCACUUCUGAAGUGAGCUUGCAGCUGGUGACUGGUUCCUCCAGAAAGCAUCCGAAGGCAGAGGCCGACUGUGAGCUGUGCUUGCCGUCUGGGAGAAGCAGUGUUCUGUAUGCAGCAUUCACUCCCCAGCACUUCAGAAACACAACUCCUUCGUGACAAUAUUUUCUUAAUCCUUGAAUAUGAAAAAAAAAAGUUUCAGCUUUUUCAAAGAUUAAAAACAGUUGGUUCCAAAUAUAAUUAUGAUUAGAAUGCUGCUUUUACUGAUAUUAAGAUAAUCUGAACAAUAGUGUAAGUGUUUCCUUUUCUUAUGUCAAAUAUUUUUUGUGAUUGCUUAGAAGGAGUAUGUGGCUAAAGCUAAGUGUGAUAAUCGUCUGAGCCUAGGAGAGAAACUUCAGUGCAUCUAGUCAGAUCAUCUGCAAAACAAAUAAGUAAACGUUUAUGUCUGUUAAGUGGGGACAUGUUUGUGUUUCUUGAUUUUCCCUAAAUUUAGGUGAUGUUUGGGCUUAGCGCUCAGGUAACAAUGUGGUUUUGUUUUUAAUAAGUUCUUAUACAUGGAUGACUUCAAAUCAGAAUAUACUGUGGAGAGGUGAUAAUUUGAAGGUAAACAGAUUUCUAGGGAGGUGUUGGUUCCUGUGAAAAAUGGGAAGAAAUUAAGAUAGUGUCCAAAUUUCUUUCAUAUAAUUUGUUUGGUUGCUUUGGAAAAAUGGAUAGCUUACUUUCUAAUUCCCAACAUGGUAUACUCACUAUGGACAUUUAAAAAUUAUUCCUGGUAUACUUAAAAAGACACAUUAGUUAUUGUUGUGUUUUAAUGAAAUGAGAAUUUAUUUAUGAAUAGAUUUUUUUUGUCUUACCAAAAUCCACCUCACUUAGGAAAUAUUAAAUUGUUCUUAAAGAGACUACCUACUCACUUCCAAAUUAUUAAUUUUGAUUUUUAAAUUUCUGGUAGCUCAGAAGUGAAUUUUAUUUUUUUGUUUUGUCUCUCAAUAGAAUAGUGGGGACCUGGAAAUAAUGUAGAUGAUUGCUUACUUUCAGGAUGAUUUCAAAGACUAAAAUUUUCUCCUAACCUUUUCCCUGCAAAGGAGUCCUAAAAUAUUACUUGUUAGCUAAUAUAAGUUUGUAUGCUAAGAUAUUUGGGUUUAUAGUUUAUGUAUGUGUGUAUAUUAUAUAAAUAUAUGUAUAUAUAAAUAUUAUGUUCAGUUUGGAGUCCGGCACAGCUCCAUUAUGUGGAUUAGAGAGUAAAGUAUUAUGGAUGAUAAAGUACUAAGUAAAACGUAAUAUUUAUUUAUAAAAGGGUGUAGAUUGUUACAUCACAGGCAGCAGUGCUAUGAACAUUGCGUGUUAGGAGACAGGUCUCUGACCUCCUGAAACGCGCUGCUCAAAAGACACUAGUGACCAUUCUUUUUGUUCUCAGAACAAAACUUCUUAUAAAAUAUGCUAAGAUUUUAUUUACAGGGAAUUCUUCGACACGUUUCAAUUGCUGUGUAGUCAGAGCGAGUACUGAAUAAUGAUUGACUUUCAUGUUUCUAGAGUCAUGCAUAUUCAUUAGAAGUGACAGUGUUUUGUGUUGUUGGUCUGUCCUUCUCUGUUGGUAGGUGGGAAGGCACUGAAAGGAGUCCAGUUUUUUAAACUUGAAUAAUUCUAUAGUCAUAGCUCCUUAGACAACUUGGUCACAUAGCCGUGGAAAUGAAAGAAGGCAUCAGAAGUGACUUAAUUUAGAACUUAGGAUUCCUUUUGUAAAACAAAACAAAACAAAAAACAAUGCCAUAUUUUUUGGAGAAAAGUUAGACUAUAUAAGGGAUUUUGUUGUCUGUUUCAAAAGAAGACUCAUUUGUGUUCUUUUGGGGAACCAGUGCCUUACUGAAUUUGUAUAUACUGUAAUUAUUCAGAACUAGGGAACAAACAAUUGUAUUUGUUACAAAUUGUAUAUGGCUUUGUUUUAACAUUCCCCCUAAUAAAAUGGUUUCAUUCUCCCCUUGG